AUCGCUCACAGCUGAUUUGCUGUUAGAAAGUUCACUCAUUCAUCAGCAUUCCGUACGAUCGUAUCAGCGUGAUGUGGCUCUGCGCUGCAGUGUUUGUCGGUUGCCUCUAUACGAGCCUGGUGCAGGCGAUCUGUCAGGUACAGCUCGACCGUUCAACAACGGGCAUUGGAGUUCAAAACACCACCUUCAGGAAAACACCGUACUGUGCGUAUCUCGGUGUACGGUAUGGAAAACCACCGGUUGGGAAGUUAAGAUUUCGUCAUUCAGUGGUACAUCAACCAAGUGGACUUCAAAAUUAUACAGCGCCGGGUAGUGUGUGUCCACAGUUUCGAGAUACGUUGAGUACGAAUGUUGUGCUGGGCGAAGAGGACUGCCUGUUUGCCAACAUUUAUAGCCCAAGUGUUGGUGUGGCGUCGGAGGAAUGCACACCAAAAGCUCACCCCGUAUUGGUGUUCGUGCAUGGUGGAAGUUAUCAAGUUGGAGAUGGCGAAAGGGACAUAAAUGGAGUGGAUCUGCUCGUGGACAGCGGCAUUCUAGUGAUAACAUUCAACUAUCGUUUGAAUAUGGUUGGCUUUCUAAAGUCGGAAGCGCACAACAUCAGUGGAAACUAUGGCUUGAAGGAUCAAACCACUCUUCUGCGCUGGGUUCAACGGUACAUCACGCACUUCGGAGGAGAUCCUGACCAGGUCACUCUGAUGGGUCAAAGCGCUGGUGGAAGUGCCGUAACACAUCAUCUGUACAUACAGCAGUCUAAAGAUCUGUUUCACCGGCUGAUUGCAUUGAGCGGAUCGCUGAUAGCACCGUGGUCAUUCCUGUUCGACUAUCAGUACUGUACGGAGCGGUACAUGAGUGACCUAAAACCACACUCACUGGAACAGCUUCAAGAGAUGGAUUUUCAUGACUUUUUCCUAGACAGUGAACCGUUCAGGUAUUGGUUCCCGUUCGCAUCGAUGGGAACGCCAUGCUUCAUACCUGUGCAGGAGCAGGAUGAGAUACAUCACGAUAACUUCACGGUACAUAUGGCACAUGAAUCCGUUUUAAAUCCACCGGUAACACAGGUUCCGAUGCUACUGAGCGAAACUGGCCGCGAGUUUGAGGAUCUAGUGAAGAGAGUGGAUCGUUUCUAUUUCUUUCCCAAUAUUCCACUAAAUUGGACAAUGUCCACUGGCGACGCUUUUGUUUCGACCGUAAACAACUUUGCAGCCUCUCUAGUUGGCGAAGGUCAUGCAAAGUCGAUAGAGGAGGUGAUUCAACAAAUUGCGAGCUAUGGUAACAUGAAAUACCCGAUGAGAAGAUUAGCGAAGCAUCUAGCUCAAUCGAUGAACUCUUCGAUCCAUCCCAUCUACUAUAUGCGGUUCGAGUAUGACGGACGCUUUGGCAAGUCGAAGAACGACUUCUAUCGAGAUGAUUUAGAGAAUCCCGAGUACGGAGCGAUGCAUGGCGACGAGUUGGGAUACAUUUUUACACCCGAUGUGAUCGACAAGGCACUGGCGGCACCGGACGAGUAUCGGGAAGAGUGGCGAAUACACGACCGAACUGUUGAGCUGAUAGCAAACUUCAUCAAGCGUGGCAAUCCAACACCGACAGGAAGUGAGCUGACGAACAUUACCUCAUGGAUACCACUAAACGAGAACAACUCCAGCAACACAUACAUGAACAUGGAUCGAACGCUUGAGGUACGCCAGUUUGAGGAGGAUAGAUACUACCAGUACUGGGAUAAAGUGUACAACUGUUUGUAUUACAAUGUUUGUGAUGAAAUUUUUGAAGUAGAGUUAGUCCAAUAAAAAUAUAGGAAAAGGA